AUGCAGCUGCGCUGGAGCAGCCACCUGGUGCGCAUGGACGACGAGCGACUACCCAAACGACUCUUCUACGGAGACGUCGCGACGGGUUCUCGUCGUCAAGGAGGCCAAAUUCGCCGUUGCGAGGAUACCUUGAAGUCCUCCCUGAAGCGCCUGCAAAUCAACCCGACCAACUGGGAAGAGCUCGCCCGCGAUCGUCCGACAUGGAGGAGAACAGUGAAGACGGGCGCUGCUAUCUACGAAGCCAACCGCAUCGCUGCCGCCAAAGCGAAACGCGAAGCCCGCAACUCACAAUCUCGCCCAGUCCGCAACGCCGCCGCACAACCGCUCCCUACGUGUCCUCGAUGUCACCGGACAUUCCGGGCACGAAUCGGACUUGUUGGACAUCUUCGGAUCAACUGCACCUCUCGAACUGCUCCAGCCAUCGUCCCCCCGCCCGCCUCUUCCUCGUCCUCUCUGCCGCCAACUAACUCUGACACUCCUUCUGAACCACCACUUCCAUCCUCGUCGUCCUCCUCCUCCUCCUCCUCCUCCUCCUCUUCCUCCCUCUCCACUGCCCCAGCGGCGGCCGUUCAGACUGCCGUCUCACACAUCACCAACCCCAACACAACAACCGCCACCACCCGCACCUCCCCCGAUCCCAGUGAUGAGGAUCAGGACUGCACCUGCCCUCACUGCGACCGCACCUUCACCUCUCGCAUCGGCCUGGUCGGUCACUUGCGAAUCCAUCGCACAGAGACUGGCGAACCAGUGCCUGGAGCACCAACCUACACUCACCGCACUCGCCUCCACUGCCCACAAUGCCCUCGCACCUUCACGCAUCGCAUGGGUCUAUUCGGCCACAUGCGCAUCCACGAGAGCGGAAUUGACCGCAGCCUUGACACACCCACCCCGCCGAGCCCCACUCCCAAUCCACCACCUUGUGCACCCACUAACCACUCCCCAGCCGACAUCGACGCCACCGACCUUACCACCCCUCACUCCUCCCCUUCCUACUCCUCUUCUUCCUUCACUGCCACAACGACGGCCGCUUCGGCGUCUGUCGCCCACGACUUCACCACAGCCGAACCUGGCACAAUAACAGGCACAAGCCCUGCAACCUCCAUCAUCAGACGUGAGGGCCAGGGCUACAUCUGCCCUCACUGCGAUCGCACCUCCACUUCACACAUCGGCCUGGUCGGGCACUUGCGAAUCCAUCGCACAGAGACCGGCGAACCAGUGCCUGGAGCACCAACCUACACCCACCGCACUCGCCUCCACUGUCCACACUGCCCUCGCACCUUCACGCAUCGCAUGGGUCUAUUCGGUCACAUGCGCAUCCACGAGAGCGGAAUUGACCACAAUUCCGAUACAGCCACGACGUCCAACACAUCCACCACGCCCAGACCCAUCCUCGCUCCACCGUCACACGCGCCGACCACCACCAACACCACUGCUUCCUCUACAGUUGACACCGACACCGCCGACCUCUCAUGCCCACAUUGUCCACGCACCUUCACCUCACGCAUCGGCCUGGUCGGUCACUUGCGAAUUCAUCGCACAGAGAUUGGCGAACCAGUGCCCGGAGCACCAACCUACACCCACCGCACUCGCCUCCACUGCCUACACUGCCCUCGCACCUUCACGCAUCGCAUGGGUCUAUUCGGCCACAUGCGCAUCCACGACGACCUGCGGUAG